CCAACACCCAGACGGCUGCAGGAUCCCGGGCAGCCUCGUGUUCGGCGAUACCAUGAAUGCCUCGGGUGACCCGGGGGCCGAGGCAGCGAGCGAGGCUGGCGGCGGGGGCAGCUGGCAGCCCGAGGCGGUCAUCGUGCCCAUGUUAUUUGCGAUUAUCUUCCUCGUGGGCACCGUGGGCAACGCACUGGUGCUGGCCGUGCUGCUGCGCGGCGGCCAGGCGGUCAGCACCACCAACCUGUUCAUCCUCAAUCUGGGCGUGGCCGACCUGUGUUUUAUCGUGUGCUGCGUGCCCUUCCAGGCCACCAUCUACACCCUGGACGGCUGGGUGUUUGGCUCGCUGCUCUGCAAGGCUGUGCACUUCUUCAUCUUCCUCACCAUGCACGCCAGCAGCUUCACGCUGGCCGCCGUCUCCCUCGACAGGUAUCUGGCUAUCCGCUAUCCGUUGCACUCCCGCGAGCUGCGCACACCUCGCAACGCGCUAGCGGCCAUCGGUCUCAUCUGGGGGCUGUCGCUGCUCUUCUCUGGGCCCUACCUGAGUUACUACCGCCAAUCGCGGUUGGCCAACCUGACCGUGUGCCAUCCGGCAUGGAGCGCGCCUCGCCGCCGCGCCAUGGACCUCUGUACCUUUGUCUUCAGCUACCUGCUGCCCAUGCUGGUGCUCGGCCUGACCUACGUGCGCACCCUGCGCUACCUCUGGCGCACCGUCGAUCCGGUGGUCGCCGGCUCAGGCGCCCGGCGUGCCAAGCGCAAGGUAACGCGCAUGAUCGUCAUCGUAGCCGCACUCUUCUGCCUUUGUUGGAUGCCUCACCACGCGCUUAUCCUCUGCGUGUGGUUCGGCCGCUUCCCACUUACGCGCGCCACCUACGCGCUGCGCAUCCUCUCGCACCUGGUCUCCUACGCCAACUCAUGCGUCAACCCCAUCGUCUACGCCCUCGUCUCCAAGCACUUCCGCAAGGGCUUUCGCAAGAUCUGCUCCGGCCUGUUGCGCCGUGCUCCGCGCAAAGCCUCGGGCCGCGUGGGCGUCGCGGUGCAGGGCACCCACAGCGGCAGCGUGCUGGAACGCGAGUCCACAGACCUGACGCACGUGGGCGAGGCGGCCCGACCCUCUGCCCCUGCGCCGGCGCCUCUCAGUGGUCCAGCCUCGAGCCCGGUCCCUGGCCCGUCCUGGCGAGACCAAAAGGCCCCUAACGGCAUUCUGACAGUUAGUGUGACCCGAGGGCACUUAGCGGGUACGCUUGAGUGUUAAAGGAUUGGAGUUGGAGGUCAGGGGACUGUGGAGGAGUUUCAUCUGUUAAUAAAACUUGCAAACGAUU